GGGGCAGUUUUGCGUUGGCGUCUGGCUUGCCAGGGUUGGAAAAGGCCGCUGGUUAGCGGGCUCCUUGCCCGAGGGUGUGGACCUCUUCCCGCUCGCCUGCCCCUUCCCGCAGUCUUCUUCCCCUCCCGAAGCCAGGCCUAGCGGAGGGUGCAAGUGGCAGGGCUUCCGUUGGGUCCCCUUGGUCUAGGGCUGCGGGGGUGGGGUGGGGGGCGAAGAGGUGUAGACCGGGCCAUCCCUCUAUGGCUUCCGGGGAGGCAGCGGCCCUGGCCACGUGAUUGAGGAGCCCAGUGUAAAAUGAAGAUGCCAGGCCUCUUGUUAAGUUCUUGAAAAUUUCACACGGUAAGUGCUGCGCAUUCAGCCAGGCACGGGGCUCCUUGACCCUACUCAGGUCCUGGCUCUGACUUGCUUGCAGGACUGUGGUCUAGGUAAGGGGUUGGGACCCUCCAUCACAAAGGGUGCUUCUUGCUUUUCAUCAUCAGUGUCAUUUGCCUUCUUCAGGGUUUCUGGAUGGAUGUGCAUCACCACCCUAGGAUUGCUCAUCAUCUUCCAGCUUGAAAACCCACCUAUAAUCAUUUGUGGGGGCGUCUUUAAGCACCCAGAUGAACUUGGUCUGCAGGCGGCAGCUGUCCUUUUCAUUGGAUCAUCCGCUGAGUAUCAGAAAGAAUGUUGUGGUUGCCUGUGGCAGAAGAUCCAACCCAAACUGAGCUAGCAAAACCAGUUUCCAACGAAUCUGCUUUGAAAAUUCCAAAGGUGUUGUCAUAUCUGCAUCAUCCAUUGUGGGGUCACCAAGGCAACCUAUUAAUCAUUCUAGAAUCUACCUGUUGAAGACUCCAGAUGAGACUGAGCAACCAUCUUCAGUAAGACCUGUGUGAUGAAGGUUGUGUUGUGAGCCUGCCGGUCGGGCUGAAAGAGUCAGCAACCAACAAAUGAAGAUCCGGGAGUCUGCCUCUCUUGAACCUGUGUGGAUCUAAUCUAACCUCGUGGGAAAGACCUCUGCAUUCCACCAUAGAGAAUUUUUCUUUCUCGUCUUCAUUUCUUUUGAAACACCUGGGGUGAGAAAAAAAACCUCUGCAUUGGCCAAACAGAAGAAACAGAAUCUGUGACUGAAGAGGAUCGGCUAAGAGUGGUUCCUUGCAGCUUAAAGGGAGGGACUUUUCACACUCUGUCUUAAAAUCAGAAGUUGAAUUUGUGAACACGUAUGAUUUAGAUAGAAGUCAUGGGAUGCAACACUUCUUCAACGAGAAUCAAGAAUUCUCAGACAUCACUAAGAGCUGUGUUGAUCAUCCAGAACUGGUUCCGAGGUUACAGAGCUCGACUGAAGGCCAGGCAACAGUAUGCCCUCACCAUCUUCCAGUCCAUCGAAUAUGCUGAUGAACAAGACCAAAUACAGUUAUGCAACUUCUUUACCUUCAUGUUGGAAAACUACAAACAUAUACGUAAGGAAGAGAUAGAAUUAAGUCAACUUACCGAAAGCAAACUGGACAUGAUGGAUAAACAGGAUUAUGUGGACUUGAUAGAUGUCCCAGACUCCUAUCAAGGUCCUCGGCUACAAUUUCCUCUCACUUGUGCUGAUAUUGAUUUACUUCUGGAGGCUUUUAAGGGAAAACAGAUACUUCAUGCCCGUUAUGUCUUAGAGGUGCUAUUUGAAACCAAGAAACUCCUGAAGCAAAUGCCAAAUUUCACUCAAAUACAAACUUCUCCCUCCAAAGAGGUAACAGUCUGCGGUGAUUUGCAUGGGAAACUGGAUGAUCUUUUUUUGAUCUUCUACAAGAAUGGUCUCCCCUCAGGGAGCAACCCAUAUGUUUUUAAUGGUGACUUUGUAGAUCGAGGAAGGAAUUCCAUGGAGGUCCUAAUGAUCCUGUGUGUGAGUUUUCUUGUCUACCCCAAUGACCUGCACUUGAACAGAGGGAACCAUGAAGAUUAUAUGAUGAAUCUGAGGUAUGGCUUCACAAAAGAAAUUUUGCACAAAUAUAAGAUACAUGGAAAAAAAAUCUUACAAACCUUGGAAGAACUCUAUACCUGGCUCCCAAUUGGUACAAUCAUUGACAAUGAAAUCCUGGUCGUACAUGGUGGGAUAUCAGAGACCACAGACUUGAAUUUACUCCACCGUUUAGAGAGAAACAAAAUGAAAUCUGUGCUGAUGCCACCAAGAGAAAUAAACAAAGACUAUAACACCGACUCGAAGCACAGUAAAUUAGGUGUGACUAUCAGUGCACAUGGGAGAAUCAAAGCAAGUGGAUUGUCUUCUGAACACUUACCAAAGCAUGAAUGGGAACAGGUAGGUAAUCAAGGUGUUCACUGGACUGGCAACAAUGACACCAACAUACAUGUUGUCCCUUACAAUAUAAAAAUAAAAGGUGACUUUACAAGCAGACCACAUGAUUUUCUCGGAAUUCAUCACUAUUCAAUCAAGGCCUACCAACCCAAGGUCCCGCCCACCUACCCAUAA